AUGUCUCGGGAAGAUCGUUCUUUAGUGGAGGAGCUGUUCACGGAUGGAUUUGCUCAGGUUCUCGUGUGUACUGGGACGUGCCAAUCUGCUAGCCCAUGCGGUCGUCGUGAAAGGAACCCAGAUCUACAAUCUGGACAAGGGACGAUUUGUUUCCGCAGGAUGCGCUCCAAACGCUUGGACCUCCAGGACCUGAGCAAGCUCAACCAAAAUCAGUCUAUCGAGUCUCAAUUUGUAUCCAGGAAGUUGGUUGGCAACCUCAAUGCGGAAAUUGUCUUGGGCACGAUCCGAAAUUGCAAUACCUGGCUGAGAAUACACUUAUCUUUUCGUGCAAAUACUUCGCUCGGCGGGUUUAUACGCACCCUACCGUUAGACUCUAAAAUUCCACAAAAUCGAAGCCACAACGAACGGGUAUCUAUACGAUGGCCUACCGACUGGUUUUACUCAUCCCGCUUCUCCUCUCUCCUCGCCCUCGUUCUCCCGCUCUCAUAUCCUCCCGGACAUCUUCUGCCCAUCUUUGAGCUUAUCUUCAACGAGCUCUUCUGGCUGUUGUACGCGUCUACGAUGCUGGCGAGGUCGAUGGUCGUUGACCUUCUGAUCGCCUUCACCUGCCUUUUCCGACUUGGCUUUUUGACUUCCACAACGAUAACGGCGUCGAGCUCACUGAGCUCCACGCGUUGCUUUUUCGGCCCCAAGUUGAGUGAAUCCUUCGAUAUCGAACUAGCUCAGUUUCAGAAUGGAUCUAUCAACGAAGAAUUAUGA